AGAGCACAAAACGACGGGUCUCAACCGAUUAAUACUGAAGAAGGAAGCAAAUGCAAAUUGCUUGUCAUUUAAAAAACUUACUUACGACAACGACGACCUUUCUUUCCUUCCGUUACUCUUCCAAAUAUUAACAAAAUCAACCCAACUUUUCACUUCUCAGCUUUAUCUCUCUUCAGGAACCUUUUUGUGUGAAAAAAUAACUGUGCGCUUCAUCUGGCCAGAUAUAUCUGCUUCAGUACACAUGGACCAAAAAACUACUAUGGAGGACACAGAAGGUUUGAAAAAUGGCCUUGAGUUGGUGAAAUCAGUCUCUGAUAAGCAUCUUGAUCUUUUGAGGCCAUCUGCACGAUAUUAUUCUGUAUUUAAAGGGCAAACGCCAGAUGCUACUGAUCGGGAAAAAGGCAAAUAUACCCUCAUUAGAGAUCCAGAGGACUUCCAGAUAGGGAUCUACGACAAACCUCUUCCAUGCUUUGGCUGUGGGAUUGGAUGGUUUUCUUUUCUUCUAGGAUUCCUUUUUCCCUUGAUGUGGUACUAUGCGACAUUCCUUUAUUUUGGAAAUUACUAUCGCAAAGAUCCUAGGGAGCGAGCAGGCCUUGCUGCUUCUGCAAUCGCUGCAAUGGGAUGUUCUGUUGUGUUGUUAGUCAUAGUGGCUUUUCGACUGAUGUAGUCUGGUUCAAAUUCCAACUGUGCUCGUAACACCUUUAUACUAUACAUGUUAACACAAAAACACAAAGCUGAACAGCCAGAAAGUGCCACCAUAUGUAGAUAAGAAUGUUGGAUCAGGAGCAGAAAGUUGGGUGUUACAAGACUUUUCCCGGCAUUUGUGAUGGCUAUUUAUUCAUGGAACUUUCAGUCACAUAAGUUGAGCUUCCUUUGGGAUUCAUGUAUACUAGAGAAAACGUUUCAGUUUGCAGAGAAUUACGGGAGAGAAUAUAUGGUAGCACUUCAUAAGCAAGUGAAAUUUGAAUAGUCAUUUCUCUAUGAGCAAAUUUGAUGAGAUGGUUUAUGGAAUACGUUGUUAUUUGUUGAUAUGUAAUGCGAGGAUGCCAUUUAUUGUAGAAUUCGGUUGCAAGAGCAAAUUUGAUGAGUAUCAUAUAACCCAUUUUUACUUGUUAAGGUCAUAAAUUUUACCAUUUGUUAAAUUGUUAGAGCUAAAGUAGAAGU